CAAGGACCCCAAGCUCGGCUUUUACACUAUCGAACUCCGAAUCUUAUGAUUUAGGAAGUUUAGACGAACAAUUUUCGUGCUGCUUCGGAUUACGUGGAGAGAAUGCAUGGCACUUUGAAGAAAAUUGACAAGAGAUGAAGCGCUUGAAAAUAGCGUAUAACCAUGAUGAAGCUUCUGCUUCUCCAUUCUAGCGAAAAAUGUUCACGCUGUCCGCAACCACAACCCGUGCGAAAAUGAAGAUUGACUUUCCUUUGCAUAAGCGUUACGAACAACGAGAGCAACUUUCUGCACUCGCCAUCGAUUCCGCGCAUGAAGCAGGCCGACUUUUCGUCGGGCGAUGGAAGCCGGGAGCUGUUGUCCAGCGCGAUUUUCAGGGAAUUCACAACCGACACCGACAACGUAUGGCGUUCUCAAACGUUACAUUCUCAACUGUUACAUGAUUUGUCAUGCAAAAUGACCAUGACCCGCGCGCCAGACGAUCAAGCUGCUGCGCAUGACAAAUUCUCGGAGGUCUAAACAGCACUAUAAUCCGCACGAAACCUGUAAUGCAAGACGCGCAAGGUUCUCCCUCUCACCUGUGCUAGUCUUGCAUUACAAAUUCAUGUGGUUUCGGUUUUUUGCGUUUGUGGUUUCGGUCGGUUUAGCAUUACAAAUUCAUGUAACAGUUGAGAAUGUAACAGUUGAGAACGCCAUACAACGAGGAGGACAACGUGGAGCAAGUAGUUUUCUCGAACGACCAAGAAAGACUGGAUGCUCGGCGUAGUUGUUUCAGCGUUACCAGCUGUAGUACCUGCCGCGAAAACAAGUGUCAGAACGAGAAAAAAGAUACAGAUUCUGCACCGAAACAGAGAGUGCCCGCAUUUGCUCCGGAGGAGGACCUCAUAUGAAAGUAAGAAGAGGGUUGAUGCACCGCUCAUUUCAUGAUCAUACUCGCUGCAUUGGCAUCAGCAAUCAUCCUCACAGCAUCCAAGAAAAAGAAAUCUCAUGUAUUUCUUCGCAACUAAAAGC